GUUAAUAAAAUAAUGGCGCUCAAAAUGUCUCAGUGCACGUGCUUUUUUCCAAUCAUGGCUUUUGUUAUUGUUGUUUUUGGGCUGAUAGCGCCCACCAAUCAAGAGCGUUUGUUUGACAGCGCGCCUACGCAAGCAGCUGACGAACGUAGUGAUAUACGUAGUAGCAGCAGCGGCAAUGCUGCCGACGGAGGAGACUCCACUUCGUUCGCACGCCACACUGAAAAGGUAGUAAAAAGUGUGCCAUACUUUCAGGCGUCACUGCCAAUGCGCGUCUAUGAGUGCUUGCGCGGCUUCAGCAUUUUGCGUUGCACAAAAUUGUUUGUGCUGCAGAAAUUGGAAGAACGCAAGCAUAUGAGACACACUGGCAACUUGACGCGCGAUUUCCUCGAUCAAUUCUUCGACUCGGACGACAGGCUGGGCAGUUUGAUAAACAACAAAUACGCCAGUAUGUCGGAUGAGAAGCUGAAUCAGUGUUUGGUUUUGAAAUUUCAACGAUUCUUUAAGCAUCGCGAUAUCAAACUGCACUUUCUGCCGGGCAUAAUGGUAAAAAUUGUGCCAAGCCGUGACAAUAAGCUGAGCUUCACAUUGAAGAAGAGUAAAAAAUCAAAGAUGCAAACCGUGAGUGCGGCUAGUGGACGCGCUUCGAAACUUGUUGAGGAAAUCGAUGAAACUCUGGCCACUGCGGAUGUGACUGAAACCCAAGCUGAUGAAUUUGCGCACAUGAAGCAAAGCGAACUAGGAGGAUUGGGCGGCGCUGGAAAUGCCGUUGGUGGCGUGGCUGGUGGAGUGGGUGGUGGUCAUGGCGCUGGUGGCGGUGGCGGUGCUGGCGGUAUACGCCGCAAGAACAAAAAGGGCUCGUACUCCUCAUACAAAAACACUAUUCUGCAAAUGGCUGUGCCGGUAAUGGUUAUGCCAGCUAUUCUAAUGGGCACUGUGCUGCCAUUCCUCUUGCCCAUGCUGAAAAUGGCAACUAUUAUGACAAUGAUGCUGAACAAUAGCGCCUUCAUCGCAGCACUUAUCUAUGCGGCACGAACACACGCGAAUGCGCAGGAGGAACAGCACAUCAGUUAUCCACCACAGGGAUACUUUUAG